AUGGAGCAAUCAUGCUCAAAAGCACCACCACCACCGCCUCCAUCGCUCGCCCGCUUCUUCCACCCUCGUAUUCCGUUUCCACGUGUCUUACAACCAAAAGGAACAUUCACCCCAAUGGAAAUUCCCAAUUCGUACCUACAGUACUGUGUCACGUCAUCAACACAGCCGACAAUCCUUCGACGUGGAAAUGGAGCCGGGACGUCAUCAGAUGCCCGGUCCCGUCCGGAUACCGUAUACCGGAGAAAUGAUCCGGCGAACAGGCCUUAUGUGAUGAAGAAACGACCGCAAGCACAGGUUUACCAUUGUGUACAGUGCAAUAAGAAUAUCAAGUACCCCUCAAAAAUCACGGAGCACAUCCGAAAGCACACCGGCGAGAAGGCGCACGUCUGUCGCGUUUGUGAUCGGAGUUUCAGUCAAGCGCACACAUUGAAGGCGCACAUGCUUCAACACUCGAAUGAGACACCCUACAAGUGCUCGUAUUGUCCAGUGGAAUUCGCGGAUUUAGUCGAUAAGGAUGAGCAUGAGGAGUCCCAUCUGCAUCCCGAGGCUCUCUCAGCUCUCAGCAAUCCCCGAAUCCUUCAACUCGAGCUCCGCCGCCAAGAGGCUCCGCCCAUUUUAGAAGUUGAAGACGUUGAGGAAGAAGAAGACGUCGACGCUGAUGAAGAAGGCACACAGAUGUGUCAGAUUUACGAGUGUCCCGAGAUGUGUGGGUUUCAGAGUUUUGACGAGCCUGAAGUCGUCGCCCAUAUUCAGAUUGCUCAUCAAAUUGCUCAUCAUCAUCCCUACGAAACCGUAUGCUGGACAGAAGAACAAGGGGGUGGAGUCGAGACUGAUAGGCCUGAUCAGAAAAUGGCUGAACUUGUCCACGAGGAGUACACCGAAUACUUUCCGGAACGAUUCGUCCCUCAGGUCGCUUCUGAAUCCAUAAUUCAUGAAUCCACGUCGUCAUCGGCUACGGUAGCUUGCACAUCUAACUGGACACGUGGCAGUAGAAUGGUGUACAGUAAUCAGGAGGAGGAAAGGAUGAGCAAUGCGAAGGUUAUGAAGGAAGAGGAGGUGGAAGAGGAGCACAUGGCUUAUGAUCAGCUGAUCAUGCAACAUCAUUUACACACAGAUGUACUUGAUGACGUCGCUGUUGAAGGUGUAGAAGAAGAAGAUGGAAAUGACGUCGUCGUCGAGGAAGAAGACGUAGAAGAGGACGAACCAGAGCACGUUCGAGUGAUUGUGAAUCCGAAUCCGCCGAAACGUGGCACCAAAUCGUUGCGAGACCAUCAUGAAGCGUCGCAAGCAAUGAAGGAGGUGAUAAUGGAAGCAUCGACACUGGUGAUGGCCGCACCACGACCACAGAAACCCAUUGAUUUGUAUUCACAGAAUAGUUUGGAUGCAGCUGCGAAGAAGAGAAAACGAGCCAAGAAAUCGAUGAAUGUCGAUUGGAUUAUUGAUGCGGUUGCGAAGGGUGUUGACGUCAGUGAAGCAUCUCCACAUAUCCGUAAGAAGCCAACACUCCACAAAUGUGAGUACUGUGGUCGUGUGGACAAAUACCCAUCGAAAAUCCGUGCCCACAUGCGAACCCAUACCGGCGAAAAGCCAUUUAAAUGCGAGAUUUGUGGAAUGGAAUUCAGUCAGAAGACUCCGCUACGACUACAUUUACGACGUCAUCUGGAUCAGAAGCCGUAUGAGUGUGAUGUGGAUGGAUGCAGAGAGCGAUUCGUGUCGGGAGCGAUUCUCAAGUUGCACAUUGAGAAGAAACAUUUGAUGAAGAAAAAAUUCGUGUGUCAUCGUGGCUGUGGUCGUGUGUUCUCAUCGAGUUACAAUAUGAGACAUCACGAGAAGAAGUGUCUAGUUCCAAUGGAAACAUAUCAUCAACAACAUGCGAUUGGUGAUGAAUCGAUGAAUGGAGAAUAUAUUGAUGAAGACGAUGAAGAAGAGCUAUUGGAGGAAGACGGAGGGGGCAGAGUCUAUAUGGACCACUUGAUGGAUCCAUCAAUCGUCGAACAAAUUCCAAUCGCCGAGCAGCACUUCGUCGAAGAGCCCGUUUUUCUUCAUCAAUAA